AUAAUCAAUUAAGUUCCAAUGAUCAACUAAAUCAGCCACGACUUUUCAUUCUACAUCCUCAAGUACAGACUCUACCAAUAAUUCGCGUAAUAGCCAGUGACGUCUUCCCCCGACACAGCUUUUGCAUCCCAAUUGCACGGUCCUCUGUCCUCGGUCCUCGGUGCACUAACUUUGCACCAUGCCGCCCCGUAAAACUGACAAUGCUCGACAGAGCAACUUAUCCAUGGCCCAGUUCGUCUACGACGGCUCCGAUGCCGAUGUAGAUACUUCUUCUACUUCCCUUCGCCCUAUUAUCUCGGUUCCCGCGCGGUCUAAGCCCGUGCAGCCACAACCUACGCCCUCGAUAGAAAUGGAUACCCAACGACCUGUGGAGGCUGCUGCAUCGCCUACAGAGAAAGACAAGGAAAGGAAAGAUAGCACUUCUAAGGAUAAUGUUACCAUUGAGGAUGUCACCCUUCCGAAGUCAAUAAUAAUGCGCCUCGCCAAAGGUGUCCUGCCUCCGAAUACCCAGAUCCAAGCAAAUGCUAUCCUGGCCAUGAGCAAGAGCGCUACUGUAUUCAUUAGCCACCUUGCUAAUGCAGCAAACGAGCAUACACAAAGCUCUAACAAGAAGACUAUCAUGCCUGCUGAUGUCUUCACCGCCCUCGAUGAUAUAGAAUUCCCUUUCUUCCGCGAAAGGCUCGAGGCUGAAUUCAAGAAGUUUAACGAGACCCAGACAACAAAACGUAAUACUUACCGUAGAAAGGUGGCUGCUGCGAAAAAGGCUGAGAAGGCUGGUGUGGAACCCAAUUCCUCUAUGAUGUCGGCUGCCUCUACCGCAGCUACGAGUCAGCCGGAUUCAUCAGGCUCGCGCGCCCUGAAGAAACAGAAGCCCAACGCGCCUGAUGACUCGGCUAUGGAAGUAGAUGUUGGUGACGAGCUGCGCGAACAUAGUGAUGCUGAGACGGAACCGGAGCCAGAGCAAGAAGACGAGGAAGAGGACGAGAAUGAGGGCGGUGAAGAGGAGGAAGAGGAAGAAGAGGAGGAGGAGGAAGAAGAAGAAGAAGAAGAAGAGGGGAAUGACCCUGACCGCUUGGAGGACCGCGAACCCCGUGAUGAUCACGACGACGCUCUUGAUGAUGGAGACAGUGACUGAAGUGACGGCGCAACUCAAGGCUGUUGGAAGCACAUUUGAUCACACCGAACCACGCGCGUGCUAAGAGAUGCCCAACCUAUCGUUAAAUAGGAGAGACAGCCCGAGGACUGGCCUUGGAGUGGAUAUCACGGCACAGAGAACUGGGGUAUACCAACUCCCUACAUCGCAUGUAUCUUAGGGCUUGAGCAGAAAACACCAAGAAAGAUUCAUGCCCUCCAGGAUCAGCACACCGGUUCCCUUAACACAAGCGUCAGUCACAUCACGU